GUUGACCCGCGGUCCGUUUGUUUUUCUUCUCUCUCUCCCUCUCGCGACUCGGGUCGAUCCGAUAACGGGCCAAAAGAUAAGCUACGAGGAUGCGGAACUACCUGCUGCUCGGUGUUUUGCUCCUGUGCUGCGUCGGAGCGUACGCGUCGGCCUCGUGUCCGAGGAUCUGCCCGACGAGCGGCGAGCCGGUAUGCGGCAGCGAUGGUGUCAUGUACGCGUCCUCGUGUGAAAUGCGGAAGAAGACUUGCGGCAAAGGAGUGACGGUGGCAGCGGAAAAGACAGCCUGCCUGCGCUCGUCGGGUAGCAAGUGCGAGCACCGGUGUCCCGGCGAUCAAGAUCCGGUGUGCGGCACCGACGGGCGCACCUAUCUCAACAAGUGCAUGCUGAGGGUGGAGGUGUGCCGAGUUGGCAUCGAGCUCUCUCACCUGGGCCCCUGCAACAACAUCUCCGCGCACAGAGAGAAUUGCCCGGUGUCCUGCGACUUUGCGCCUCUCGACGGUCCCGUUUGCGGCAGCGACGGCAACGUUUACAAGUCCACGUGUCAGAUGAAGCUGCUUACGUGCGGGCAAGGCGUGGUGAGGACGAACAAGAAGCACUGCCAGACAACGAGACACUGCCGGGAGUCCUGCUGGCGCGGCGCCAAGCCAGCUUGCGGCAGCGACGGCAUCCUCUACGCGAACACCUGCAAAAUGCGAGCGAAGAACUGCGGGAAGCACGUGUUCGAAGUACCGAUGUCCUUCUGCGUGUCGCGCGAGAGGACUUCCGGCAGCCCUGCCACCGCUUGUCCCUUGGACUGCAGGAACGAGGCGGAAAUUGCAGUUUGCGGUUCCGACGGAAACAUUUACCGAAACGAGUGCGAAAUGCAAAUGCUCAAUUGCGGAAACACGAGGCGAAAGGUGACGAGCGUCGACUUCGAGAAGUGCCGCGCAAAACUGUCGAGGUGCGUGAAGCAGCAGCAGCACUGCGGCAGCGAGGUCGAUCCAGUUUGCGGCAGCGACGCCAAUACCUACCCGAACCAGUGCCACCUGAAUGUCGCCAAUUGUCUGAAAGGCAUCCAGCUGGCUCACGUGGGCGAGUGUACGACCUUGAAGGAAAGCGAGCAGUGUCCUGAGGACUGCAACGACGUCCCCGAGGAACCAGUUUGCGGCAGCGACGGCAAUGUCUAUCGAUCGCUGUGUCAGCUGCAAAAGGAGACGUGCGGUCAGCGAGUCGUCCAGGUGCCGGCACAGCAUUGUCGCACGACCGCGCUCUGCAAUCAGAUCUGCAGCGGGGAAAGGCAAUUCGUCUGUGGCUCCGACAACAAACUCUACAGAAACGAGUGCGAGAUGAAGAGGGACAACUGCGGGAAACACGUGUACGUGGUGCCGAUGAAGCGGUGCGUGCAGGGCUUCCUAUUCCGAGGCUGUCAAAAGAUUUGUCCACCUUAUUACGAUCCGGUCUGCGGCACCGACAGCAUGACCUACAGCAACGAGUGCUUCCUUGAGAUUGAAACCUGCCGCACGAGAAAUCACGUCACUAAGAACUAUCACGGAAUCUGCGGACAACCGACCGAGGAACCCAAGAACUAUCUCUAUUAAAACGGAAAUGCAGCGAGAUGUAGGACUGAAAUUUGUUGUCAAAAAUCAUUAUUUCUUUCGAGAUCGGGUGAUAUCAGCUGGAAAGAUUUCAAAUUGAAUUCCGGCUCAUCAAUCAUCCCUUUAUACGUAAUUUUGUAUACGAGACUAAAAUCAAAUAAUUAGAUGGCCUUGAUAUAUAUGUAUACAUUAGUGAUCUGAAAUAAAUUAAUCAGAGCUUGUAAGCCGCGUAGAUAUGUAGAAUAUCGUUUUUAUUUAUUCUAUUUGUAUAUGUAAUUUUUUAAUUAAUUUAUAUUGAUACAUAUAGUAGAAAAAAAAAAAAGAAAUUAAUGAAAAUAUUUAGAUGCAUAUAUGAACAUUAUGUGGCGCCGUGCGAUGGACAAUCACGAAAGUGCCAAGAUAUGAAAAUCGAGAAUAAACGCGCACAAUAAUGCAUUCGUAUUCUUGCGACUAUUUCAGUGCGCCCUUACCUGUUUAAGUAUAUAAUUAUUUAUUAUAGAUUUUUUUAUGAAGCAACAAUGUCUAUGCUGUUAUUUUCUACGCGAAGGAAUGGAAAUCCUGAU